AUGGAGACCGCCAUUCGAUGGUCGCCCCACGCCACCGCCCAGAAACCGCGCUUCGUCCUCAUCGACGUCGCCGUCAAUCGAAUUCGCCUCUGCGAGAUCCAGAACAUCCACAAGCAGACCUCCCAGGUCCGCUACCGCCAAGUCGCGCAGCGUGACAACCUCCCGAACUUCACCGCCUUCGACUGGUCAAAGACGCACGAGAACCUGAUUGCGCUGGGCUCCCUCUCCGGCGAAGCAAACCUCCUACGUCUAGACGUCGACGCGACGGAGCCGGAGGCGCUGCGGUCGUUCCCCAUCAAGAGCCAGCGGAAAUGUAAUUCCAUCGCGUUCAGCUAUCGGAACCUGCUCGCGACGGGGCUGGAGCGGGUGCGGAGUGACUUUUGCUUGCAUAUUUAUGAUCUGAAUUCGGAGGGGCCAGCGGGGUCGCAGGAACCGAUUCGGAAAUUGUCGGGGUCGGAGGCCAUCACGAGUGUGAAGUUCUUUGCGCGGGAACCGGACCUGGUGGCAGCGGGCGUCUCGAGAAGUUGUAUUCGGAUAUGGGAUUUGAGAGAAUCCGCGACAAGUGCAACGGCGCAAUAUCCAACUCGCCAGGUACACAACCUAGCGAUUGAUCCGCUAGACGAUAACUACUUCGUCUCGGCCGGCCCGCCAGGUGACCCGGUUGUUUGUGUCUGGGACCGUCGCUUCGCCUCUCGAGCCGGCCCAUCUACUCCUUCUAGUUCUGAACCUCCGGGACCGCUGCUGGAGAUCAGGAACGCAAUCGAUACGAGCCAGCAUCGCCCGUCGAUCUGGAGCCUGCGGUUCUGUGGUGUCCGGCCAGGAUGUUUUGGAAUCUUGUCCAGCGCCGGUGAGAUCAAGGUGAUUGAGAUUGCUCGAUUUAACGCUGCUUCUGGAGGUAGAAACAGUGGUUAUGGUUCAGUGGAAGGAUCUGUUACGAAGCCGCAAUACCAUGCGUCAUUCACCCACAAUGUCACAUGGCCUUGGUAUGACAUGCACCGUGGACAACCAGAGAAUAACCACGUGAUGGCCUAUGACUUUAUGUCAGUUGGUCCCACGAAGAAUCAAUCCGUCAUCGCGCUUCGAUCAUCACGCGAGGUCGAGAUGAUUGAGAUUCCGUCAGCGCAGCCGGAGGUGGGUCUGAGCAACCUUGAUGACCUCCUCGUUUGGAAGGAGUCGAGAACGCUUGUGCCAUCCAACCCAUCCUUUGGGACGGUUGCAGAGGAACUGCUCGAUAUGCAGGUCCGAAAACUGGGUUCGGAGCACACUCGCAAAUCCGCUUCUGACCAGAUUGGCGGGGAGAUUGCGGCGAGGAUCGACAAGCUACACAUCGACAGCAGCGCAAGUACAACAGCGAAUGAUGCGUCCGGUUCCAACUGGGAUCUCCACGAGGAAUUACUCCAUAUCGGCUUCCCCAAGACAAAGCUGGAUUUCAGCGAUAUCCACACCUUGCUUUCCGUGCAACGUCGACGAUGCCAAGAGGGCUAUUUGUUCGAUGUGAAGAAGAACAAGUCCAUCGUAGCGAACGAUAGGUGGCUUGUGGAGAUGUGGGAUACCGUCAAACGGUUUGAAGAGUUGGCAGUAGACCGUGGAAUGAUCGGCAAUAACCUUGACUUGAGCUUCGUUGGAAUCGCGGGCAUUUGGAAGAAUUCCUUCGGAUCUAGCUACGUCAACCGAGUGCUAGGAAGCAGUUCUUCCGCCCAUGACGAGUUCAUCGACGCAGUUCGAGCCAUUGUAUCUGCCAAGGAACUCCCCGAAUACGAGGGAGUAGAGACGGCAUACCCCGAGCACCGACAGCUCUGCCUGGCAGUCUGCGGUUGGACUUUCGCUUCCGUAAACCGACUCCGUCAGAAGUGUCUCGAACUCAUCGAAAAUGGCGACCACUACAAAGCGAUUGCGAUGGCGGUGUUUCGUGGGAGGAAAACUUUGGCGCUGGAGUUGUUGAAACAGUGUAUCCGACAGAGACGCGUCGACAAUAUUGGUCUGGUGGCGGUUAUCGCAUGCGACACGGUUAAUGAGGAACAGCGAUCACUUUGUUCAUGGAUGGCCGACGAAACGAGCGAUCCCUACUUGAAAGCGUUACUAAGCUACUUCGUCAUCGGAGACUGGAAGGUUGUCGCGAGCAUGAACAAAAUCUCCCUCUCCGAGCGGAUCGGCGUCGCCAUGAAUUACUUGGACGAUGCCCGGCUCGGCGAAUUCAUUUCCAUCGAAGAGCAAGGUGUCAUCUUGUUCGGAAACAUCGAAGGCAUCAUCUUCACCGGCCUGACAGAUCGUGGCGUCGACCUCUUCCAGCACUACGUGGCCAAGUUCCACGACGUGCAGACCGCGGUGCUGGUGAUGGCACACACGAUCCCGCGAUACCUCAGCGACAUGCGCUUCGACUCUUGGAAAUCCACCUACCUGAACCAGAUGCAGGCAUGGCAGGCGUACGUCCCCCGCACCAAGUUCAACAUCCUCCACACCCGCAAGUCCAUCGGCCCCGACGGCAAACCCGUCAUGAAGCCUCCACCCGCCCCGAUCCGCGUCCGCUGCACGCACUGCCACGCCUUCCUUGGCGUCGACGCGCCCACCAAGACCAAAGAAACCCCCACGCCCGCCCCGAACACCCGCCGCAAUCCCGCCAUGAACUCCGGCAUCAUGUGCCAGCAGUGCGGCAAGGCGAUGCCGCGCUGCGGGAUCUGCAUGCAUUACCUGGGCAGCCCGGACCCGUCACGCAAGGGGGGCGUGGAGGCGCUGAAGGGGGAGGAGCUGAUGUCGAGGCAGAUUGUCUUCUGUGCGAAGUGUAAGCAUGGGAAUCAUGAUGGGCAUGCGAAGUUGUGGUUCGCGAAACAUCAGGUCUGUCCGGUGCCGGAUUGUCAGUGUAUGUGUGGGCUACUUCACUAG